AUGCCUCAACAACAACCCUCAAGCUUGCCUCCCAUCCACAGCUUACGCUCCUGCCCAGGCCCAGCGCAAACCGCCGUCCUCGACCUCCUCUUCGAGCCCAGCCCCGCCCUCCACUCCACCCUUGUCCCCGUCCUACAAGCUGCCGGCCACGGCUCCUACCGGGAACUCAUCGACGCAUGCCAUGUCCAGCUCCGGUCCCUCGCCAACUCCUCGGGCGCCUCCCACGCUACAUCGCCGACGCUCCUGUCCGUCCUCGGAUCGCAUCCUCGCCUGGGCGAGAAAAAAGUCGACUCGGCCCAGUCGGUCGCCGAGCAGGCCAACCUCGGCGGCGAGGGCGAAGAGUUGGCUGCGCUGAAUAGGGAGUACGAGGAUCGGUUUCCCGGGCUGCGCUACGUCGUCUUCGUCAAUGGCCGGGCUCGGCCUGAGAUUAUGCGUGACAUGAGGGCUCGAAUGGAUAGGGGCGACUACGCAUUGGAGGUCGAUGCGGCGCUUCAGGCCAUGUGCGAUAUCGCAAAGGAUCGAGCUUCCAAGCUUCCUGUGCAAGACAAGGAAUGA